GUGUCACGUAGUAAGAGUUGAGCUAUGACAUUUAGUUUUGACAUUUCCGUGUUUUAAAAAGUAACACUUUUGCUUACGCAGAUAUUCCAAUUGCAAUAUUUUCAAUUAAAAUAUUCCAUGACUAUAUCUCAAACUCAUAAAAAUGGUAGAUGAGGGUACUAGAAAGUCAUUAAGUAGCAUACCUUUACUAAAAACUAAAGCAGGACCGAGAGACAAGGAAUUGUGGCCAACCCGUUUAAAAGAGGAAUACCAGGCAUUAAUAAAGUAUGUGCAAAAUAAUAAAGAGGCAGAUAAUGACUGGUUCAGAUUGGAAUCAGAUAAAACUGGAACAAAAUGGUUCGGAAAGUGUUGGUACGUCCACAACCUUCUGAAGUAUGAAUUUGACUUGGAGUUUGAUAUACCUGUUACUUACCCGACGACAGCUCCAGAACUUGCUUUACCAAGUUUAGAUGGAAAAACCGCUAAAAUGUACAGAGGCGGCAAGAUAUGUUUAACGGAUCAUUUUAAGCCACUAUGGGCCAGAAAUGUACCGAAGUUUGGUAUAGCACACGCAAUGGCUUUAGGUCUCGGUCCAUGGUUAGCAGUUGAAGUGCCUGAAUUAAUUGAAAGAGGCGUCGUCAAAUAUCAAGAGAAGUCAGAUGAAGCGAAGUAAAAUAUUUUGUACGGAGUUUGUAAAUAUAUUGUUUUAUAAAAUAAAUUUAUAUAUGUU